AUGGCUAAGGAGGCGUGGGAUUUGUUGCAUAAGUCCUUCAAGGGCGAUGAGAAGGCUAACGGUGAAAGAUUGGAUGAAUUACGUGUUAUUGAAAACAUCAUGAGGUCCUUAAUAGGAUGUUUUGAUUAUGUUGUUGCUACAAUUGAAGAAGGAAGGGAUCUUUCAACCAUGACAAUGGAAGGAUUGAUGGGUUCAUUAUGUUCCCAUGAACAUAGAAUGAAUCAGAGGACUGCAACAUCUGUUGAGCAACCCUUUCAAAGCAAGGUGAUUUUGUCCGAAACAUGUAGUUUCAGCGGUGGAAAAGUAUCAGGUCAAGGUAAAGCAAAAGGCUUCAAAGGUGACAAAAGCAUAGCAAAUGAUCAGCAAAAUUCUGGAAAAGGAAGAGUUAAAUUGUCAAAAAAAACUCCUGAACAUGAAAACUAUGCUAACUAUGCUGAAGAUGAGGAACAAAAGGAAGAAACUUUGUUGUUAGCUUGCAGUGUUUCCGAAGAAGAACAUCUUGACAAGUGGUAUUUGGACACUGAGUCCAGCAACCACAUGUGUGGAAAUAAGGAGCUAUUUUCCUAUUUAGACGAGUCGGCACGUGGUGAAGUAAACUUUGGAAACAAGGCUAAAGGUCCAAUCAUGGGCAAAGGUAAAGUUCUUAUACACUUGAAAGAUGGUUCUCAUGAACAUAUCUCUGAUGUUUUUCAUGUUCCUAACUUACAUUGGAAUUUAUUGAGUAUGGGACAACUCUCCGAAAAGGGACUUAAAAUCAUCAUUGACAAAGGGAUUUGUACUAUUGAGAACCAUUAA